CUCAUUCUGAUCUACACCAGCAAGAAAUCCUUAAAAGCUUAACAAAUACCAAUGGCGAUCAUCUCUGAGAUGCAGGAAGAGAAACCCUCGUUGCCGUUCAAUGCAAGUCUUGACCCUUCAAACCCACUAGGGUUUUUGGAGAAAGUCCUCGACUUUAUUGGGAAAGAGAGCGACUUUCUGUUGAAAGACACGGCGGAGAAGGAGAUCGCCAGUGCUGUUACGGCCGCAAAGAAGAGGCUGGGGGAAGCCAAGGAGGAGGAGAAAGAGAGCUUGAAACCCCUUGAGAAGAAGCUGAAAGAGGAGAGUAGUCAGCCCAUGGAGGUGGAGAAGCCGAAGAAGGAGCACUUGAAGCCUACAGAGCCCAUGGAGGUGGAGGAGAAGAAAGCAGGUCCCAUCGUUCCUAACAAAGGGAAUGGUCUUGAUUUCGAGACAUACUCGUGGACACAGAAUCUCCAGGAAGUCACAAUCACCAUUCCAGUUCCUAGCGGCACUAAACCACGCUCAGUUACCUGUGAGAUCAAGAAGAACCGUCUUAAAGUUGGUCUCAAGGGGCAAGAACCAACCAUAGACGGAGAAUUCUUCAACGCUGUGAAGCCUGACGACUGCUUCUGGAACAUCGAGGAUCAGAAGCUCAUAUCGGUGCUCUUGACCAAGCAAGACCAGAUGGAGUGGUGGAAAUGCUGUGUGAAGGGGGAGCCUGAGAUUGACACUCAGAAAGUUGAGCCGGAGAGCAGCAAACUGUCUGAUCUUGAUCCGGAGACUCGCAGUACGGUUGAGAAGAUGAUGUUUGAUCAAAGGCAGAAGCAGAUGGGACUCCCGACGAGUGAUGAGAUGGAGAAGAAAGAUAUGAUGAAGAAGUUUAUGUCUCAGCAUCCUGAGAUGGACUUCUCUAAUGCAAAGUUUAACUAAUCUUUUCCUUUGUUCUUAUUUUAGUGAUAUCAAAAUAUUUAACUAUCAUCUUGUUGUGGCUUCUAAGAUCAGACCUGCCCUUUUGGUUUUGCUAAUAUAAAUCGUUAGGCUA